AAACAUUUUAAGAUAUUCCCUACUUCUCCUUCUCCUAAACAUAUUCAUUAUAUCCAACACACAAUCAACAUGGCUACUAUCCUUUUGGCCAUUGUGAUUGCCACCCUUUUCACUGCAAACCCUAUUUCUUGCGCCAAGCAAUCCAAAAUAACUGGCAUGAAAAUGAACGUCAUUGAUCAAUGUUGGAGAUUGAAUCCCCAAUGGAGGAGCCAUCGAUCGCAACUCGCCAGCUGCUCCAUUGGCUAUGCGGGCAAGAUGAUGAACAACAUUGGCAAUGACCUCGUCUAUUAUGAAGUUACUGACUCUAGUGAUGACCCCAUUAACCCUAAGCCUGGUACCUUGCGGUAUGGAGCUUCUAUGAUUCAACAAAAAGUUUGGAUUACAUUUAAAAGCGACAUGAAAAUCACAUUGGCCAAACCCCUUCUCAUUAGUAGCUUUACCGCCAUUGAUGGUCGUGGCACCAAUGUCCACGUUGCUAAUAAUGCAUGCUUCAUGAUCUUUAAGGCAACGAAUGUAAUAAUCCACGGCAUUCGAAUCCAUCAUUGUAAAUCACAAGCUCCUGGUUUGGUGGUGGGUCCAAAUGGGAAGGUAAUUUCAUUGGGUCAAGUUGAUGGCGAUGCAAUCAGACUAGUCACUGCCUCAAAGAUUUGGAUUGAUCAUAAUACACUUCAUGAUUGCGAAGAUGGUCUUCUUGAUGUUACACGAGGUUCCACUGAUGUCACUAUCUCUAACAACUGGUUCCGAAACCAAGAUAAGGUUAUGCUUCUUGGCCAUGACGAUGGAUAUAUUAGAGACCGGAACAUGAAAGUUACCGUUGUCUACAAUCAUUUCGGACCGAAUUGCAACCAACGCAUGCCAAGGAUCCGUCAUGGAUAUGCACAUGUAGCAAACAAUCUUUAUCAGGGAUGGAUGCAAUAUGCUAUUGGUGGAAGCAAAGAACCCAGCCUCAAAAGCCAAUCUAACCUCUUCAUAGCACCUAAAUCCGGGAACAAGGAGGUGACAUGGAGAAAAGGCAGUAACGAAAAUGGGGAUAGAUGGGAAUUCCAUUCAGUAGGGGAUGUUUUUGAAAAUGGAGCGUCUUUCACGGCAACUGAAGGAGGACGUGUGCCAAAACCCAAUUAUAGUGAGGAACAACGUUUUAAAGUUCUUGAUGCUAAGUCUGUUAGAUUUUUGACAAAAUCCUCUGGCGUACUACGAUGCACCAACAAAAAAUCUAUUUGCUAAAUUACUCUCUGUAAUUUACCUCACAUUACCAACAACAAAUGUAUUUGCUGAAUUCCUCUCAAAUGUAUUCAAUGAGCCUUAUGAUGAAUUGAGGACUAAUUUAUAAGUACCUUAUAAUUUACAUAUAGUACGGAAGAAAAAUGUACUCAAUUACUUAAUGCUAUGAAGUGA